UUUUUCGAUGCAGCUUCGAGGCGACAUCCUGUAAACAGAUUCCUCAAAAAUGUACCAACGACAGGUCAUUUUAUAUGUAUAUCUGAUAGUUUUGUCUUUUAGAUCGUCUUCUAAAGCGGAUAAAGUUGAUAAAAGAAGGAAUGUUUUGGUUUUCAUCGGAGACGAUGCCGGCUUCGAAACACAGGUUUACAACAACACGGUUUGCAAGACCCCCAACAUCAACGCAUUAGCAAAGCGUAGUGUAAUUUUCAGAAAUGGGUACACUUCUGUGAGUAGCUGCUCUCCAAGCAGGUCAACGAUAUUAACAGGUCUUCCACAGCACCAGAAUGGUAUGUAUGGCCUCCAUCAUAUGUACCAUCACUUCAACUCAUUUGAUGAAGUCCAGAGCCUUCCCAUGAUAUUAAAUAAGGAGAAAGUGCGGACAGGAAUCAUUGGCAAGAAACAUGUGGGACCUGACUUGGUGUAUCCAUUUGAAUUUGCUUUUGAUGAAGAGAACUGUGAGUUACUUCAAUGUGGCCGCAACAUCACCCAUAUGAAGGACCUUGCCAGAACGUUUUUUCAAGGCUCACAAAAUGAUUCGCGGCCAUUCUUUUUGUACAUUGGGUUUUUUGAUCCCCAUCGUUGUGCUGGAAAUAAGUAUGGGCCAUUUUGUGAGAAGUUUGGGAACGGGGAGCCAGGGAUGGGUGUCAUUCCCGACUGGAAGCCCCUCCACUACUCCCCUGAGGAGGUGGUUGUCCCAUAUUUUAUACAAGACACUCCAGCAGCCAGGGAAGAGAUCACCAAGCAGUACACCACAAUUAGCCGUCUUGAUCAGGGCAUAGGACUCAUCUUGGAGGAGCUUCGUCAGGCAGGCUUUGAAGAGAACACUCUAGUCAUAUUUAGCUCAGAUAACGGGAUCCCUUUUCCUGGCGCUAAGACGAACCUGUAUCAUCCAGGCAUGGCAGAGCCCUACCUGGUUUCGUCCCCCUAUGCACCUGAACGUUGGGGCCAGAUAAGUGAUGCUAUGGUGAGCCUCCUGGAUAUAGUGCCCACUGUGUUGGAUUGGUUUGGGAUCGAGUACCCUAGUUAUAAGAUUUUUGGGCACAAUAAGGUGCAGCUUACAGGGACUUCUGUACUGCCCGUGUUGAAAAAAGAACCGACAUCAGGGUGGGACACAGCUUUUGCCAGUCACAAUAUGCACGAGAUGACUAUGUAUUACCCGAUGAGAGUCCUCCAGAAGAAGAAUCUUAAACUUGUCCAUAACCUGGCCUACAAGAUGCCAUAUCCCAUCGCCUUGGAUAUUUUUACGUCCGACACCUUCGCAGACCUUUUGAACCGCACCCGACGGGGGGUGCCGACGGGAUGGUAUCGCACACUCGAUCAGUAUUACUACCGGACACAAUGGGAACUCUACGAUUUGAACACUGAUCCAAAAGAGCUGAAAAACCUGAUUGACACACCCUCUUAUCAGGAUGUGUUUAAAGAGCUACGUCAGGAACUAUUGAUCUGGCAGAAGAACACUGACGAUAUUUGGAUUUGUUCACCCCAAGGAGUCCUGGUGGAGGGAAGUUGUGAGCCCAUGGACAAUGACGUUUAGGUACGAGGCCUAUCCUAUUAAUAGUUGGCCUAAAUAUUCCGUAUCCCGUUAAUUCCUGUGGUUUUUAUCCCUAUAAUUUCAGCCCAAUUUCUCGGCCGAAAUCUCUGUUUAAAAUUUCAAACAAUUGAACCCUCGCCUCACAGAACUCUUAAUUAAUAUAUAUGUACUGAAGAAUAUUUCUUACUUUCCAUAAUUGUUCAAUUUUAUGAUUGAAAAAUUGGCGUUUGUGGAUUCCCAAGAAAUGAAAGUUUAUCUUGUAAAUCUAUAUUUCAAAAACGUGAUGUUAUAUCAGUCUAAUAUAUUGUAAUGUCACAGUACAAUCAAUAUUGUAUUGUAAUAGUUUAAUCGAUUUCCCAUAUUACAGUUGAACUUCAAAAUUA